CUCAAUAAUGAAAUUUUGCAAAGUUUUGCCUAAGUGAGGAUGCAUUUGAAUUUUCUGGGAUUUCAUUUAUUUCCGUUGCACGAUUUUCAUUGAGAAGAUGCAGAAGCUUGCAAGGAAAUGGAGGCAGUCUCGAGGCGAUUUUCACCACGAGGAAGAAGAUACUUUUUUUCUUCCCACUCGAGACGAUUCUCGACCUAUCUACUCUCACGAACAAGAUGAACUGGUUCGGAAGUUCGAGAGAGCUCAAGCUCAGCAAUCUCUCAUGUGGAGGAGUGUUUUCGCUGGGCUCCUGUUCUGCUACGUUGGAUUCCUCAUUUUCUCAAUCUAUCAGCAGGCGUAUUUUCCAUGGGAAUUGCGACAUCAUGCUUACUUUAUGUAUGAAGUUGACCCUGGUAGCAUCAUUGUUGCAGAAGGGGUGGCUAUUUUGGUGUGCAUAAUGACCAUGAAGGGUAUAAUGCAUCAUAAUUCAAGGUGGCAGAGACAUUGGCUUUGGUGUUCUUGCUGGACUGGCGUAUUGUUGGCUUUGUUUUGGUUGCAUCAUAUGCUGAGAUUGGCAAAGUUUAGAUGGGAUAUUUUGUGGCUCCCAUUUGGGCCAGUAAGUGGAGCUGGGAUCUGCCUGUACGUGGACUCUUUACUUAAUGAUUCAUCAGAAGAAGUGAAAAGGCUUAGAAGUUAUAUGUAUUCCUACAAGGCAAGUUAGUGCGUGGAUGGAUAUGCACGUAGUAGUUUUGCAUUUUUUUCCGAGAGCUCAUUACCUGCCUACCCACAUUCGGAAACAACGUGCAUGCAUUCCAAGUCACAUAACAUUCUUCCAUGUGAUUAUAGAAUGCGGUUGCUGCAUAGCAGCAGGCCAGCAGCAGUGGCCGUUCUAUUAGGGAAACACAAAUUCCUGGUUAGGUUUCUCUAAAUAUUUCUUCUUUAAAUUGAAUGAUCAAAUCCUUGGUGGUUUGGGAGUUUCUUCUGUGAUCAAAUCCUAGGAUUUCUGUUGGGGGGCGAAAUUUUUUCAUGAGUGUAGGAGUGAUAAUUUUUCACUAGUGUAGCCCGAAAAUUUUAAUUUCCGCUAGUGUAGCGGGACAAUUUUUUUUUUUUGCUAUUAUAGGGCUAUGCGGCAAUUUUUUAUGCAAUUUUUUUAUUAAUACAUACAUGACGAUAUUUAAAA